ACAUGUAUUAAAUUUCGAUUCCACGUUGUGUACGUAGUUCAGUAGGGUCUGUAUCAUGUUGUGGUAACGUUGUAGCGCACAUACAGAAAAAGGGAGCUUUUUAAUAGUACCUCACAUUUCUGGUAGUAAACUUGUCCAUAUGAAGCUCUGGAUACCAUGGCUUCUUUUAAUGUUUGUAUUGGAUGCCAUUCAUUGCUGGGACAACGAAGAACUGGAGAUAUUCGAUUUGGUCGAGGAAGUUAACACAAACUUUUACACCCUUCUGGGUGUACCUGAGAAUGCUGAUGCGUCUGAAAUUAGAAGGGCAUAUCGUCGCUUAUCCCUUGUGUUGCAUCCUGACAAAAAUGAUGCUUCAGAUGCUGAAGUUAAAUUCAGACAGUUGGUGGCAGUGUAUGAUGUAUUAAGGGAUGCAAACAGGCGUAUGCGUUACAAUGAUGUGCUCAAAAAUGGGCUCCCAGACUGGCGACAAGCCGUUUAUUAUUAUCGACGUGUCCGCAAGAUGGGGCUAUCAGAAAUGUCUGUUAUUUUGUUUGUGUUGGUCACAGUGGGACAGUAUAUUGUCUCGUGGGCUGCCUAUCUUGAGAAGAAGUAUACAGCUGAACAGUUCCUAAACAUGAGAUUAAAGAAACUGCACAAAAAACAAAAAAAGGGAAAAUAUGAUGGGCCCGCACUUCCAGAAACAAUAGUUCUAGAUAUUCCAACACCGAGUGUACGAAAUACACUGCCCUUUCAGCUGCCUUGCUGGUUAUUCUGGUUUGUGGUGGUUUUUUGUCCAAGAAGUGUUACGCUGAUCAGGGAAUACUGGAUGGAAAGGAAGCAGAGGAAACAACAGGAGCAGGAGGAUCAGUGGUCAGAGGAAGAAGAGGAAGCUGAAUUGGAGGUGCGUGGACCUCGUCAUCGAAAAGGCAGGGCAUUCCAAGUUCCAGAGUUGGGAGUAGGAAAUCCAGGUCCACCUGGGAGGACUGAAGGCUGUCUGUUGGACCCAGGAGAGUCUCCUUUUCAGUCUGAUGAUAAUGAGAAUAAAACCUCAACACAAUUGUCAGGGGGGCUGUGGACAGAUGACGAUCUAGCUGAAUUAGUGCGUCUCGUCAAAAAGUUUCCUCCGGGCACAGCAUCCCGAUGGGAAAAGGUUGCAAAUUUCAUGGGUCGUUCUGUGGCCGAGGUGACUCAUAUGGCCAAGAAAGUAAAGGAAGAUGGCUACAGGAUCGCCACAUCAGGAGGCAGUGUAACACCUGCAGAACAGGAAGCUUCAAAAUCAGAGAAAGUAAAGACAAGAGCUACUGUUCUGUCUCCUGAGGCUGAAUGGGGUCAAGUACAACAGAAGGCUCUUGAAGCAGCCCUUACAAAGUAUCCGAAAGGAGGAAGUUCUGACCGAUGGGACAAAAUUGCAAAAUGUGUUCCUGGGAAAAGUAAGGAGGAGUGCAUGCUACGUUAUAAACAACUAGUAGAGAUGGUUAAGAAGAGAAAGGUGAAUGGGGAAGUGACAUCACAACAGCAAUCUCAUGGCGACGACGAAAAACACUGCGAUACUUAAAGAGAACAGAGUAUUGCGCAUUAAAUUAUUCAGUGAUUACUAUGACAAUGUAUAAUAUAGAAAUUAUUAUGCUGUAUGUUUUUGAAAUAAAAUUGACAACCAUUCAUUGUAUUU